GUCUACACAACUCACUUCGCUACCGGCUGGUCAUUUAACAUCUCUGGACUCACAAACCAUCUGAUACACCCCAGAUACACAUCAGAUACACCCCAGAUACACAUCGGAUACAACUUAGAUACAUCCCAGAUAUUCAACAAGCUUGUCUUCUUGUCUUGGUCCUGGUGUGUGGCAUGUCUCAGAAAGCGGUGAAUGAAGAACUGAGCAAAGAGAUUCGUGAGUACGACAGCAGCCGUGACGUCACCGUAGCUGUUGGCGCCGCCAUUGCUGUACUUGCUGGAGCAACAGCUGUAGCUGCGGGUGUUGCGUCAUACGCUGUUGGCCAGUUAGAAAACUACAGGAAAGAUGUUUCGUCUAUUUGGAUGGCGUGUAUACCGUUCAUGUUCCCUGUCGUUACUGGGGUUGCAGCCACAUACAGAAGGCAGAUGUCAAGCGUGGGUACUCACGUCUGCCUCCUACUUGCCACACUGCUAGCGGGAGGGGUCGGCUAUGGGCUGUCCAUUCAAAAUGUUUUCAUCAACCGCGCCAACUGCAUGCCGACCAGUGAGGUCAGCUGUCAGAGAGAGAGCCUGGUCUACAUGUACGUCGGGGCGGGGGGCGCUGCUGCUGCUCUCACAGUGCUCAGUCUGGCUGUCUCGGCAUUCUCCUGCUCCAUGGCUCUGACACGCAGGGAGGUCAGGAGACUCGCUAAAGAGAGGUCAGGAGACGUCUCUCACACACCUGACAGGAAACCUCUCCUGCUCUCUCCAACAGGCUGCCAGUAGAGGCACUUCAGUGGAGUUAGUGUCGGGCCAUGUGAUCAGUGUGUUCAGCGAUAUAUGGGGAACUUAAAGAUACGGACUUUGUUGAAAAUAAUAUGUUGGAUAUUUUAAAUGUAUAAACUAAUUUUUUUUAAAGAAGAAAAAUACAAAUAAAAGCAUAUUCGUAUGUAGAAACACAUUUUUAAAUUUAAAAAAAAUUACGUUACAUGUCACAUGUUUAAACUACGGAAAGUACACAACACAAAUGGCGUCAUCUUCCAAUUUUAGAAUAUGAAGAAAUGAACAAUUUCAUUCACAUUUGAUUUACCUCUAUAGGUCUACUUAACACGACAUACGCAAUGAAAUUUAUACAAUUUUCUCGGUCAAAAUGUCAAAACUUAUACAAAUUACAUUUUAAAAAAACAGCAUAAAUUCCCUUGAACAACAGGGUUUUUAACGGAAUCAUUUAAGUAUCAUAAUCAGUGCGUGCAUUUAAUAUUGUGUUGUGUUGACUAAUAAUGUAUAUAAAUCUAAUUGGUUUUAAUUUUUCGUAUAUUAUUGGUAGUCUACGUUAUUUUAAAUGUGUCGGAUUUAGAUAUUUCUUUGUUUUUUCCCUAACAUGAAGCAAAGAACAUUGGGUUUUGACCUAUAACUAUUUUAUAAAUUAUUUCACCAAACAAAUCAAGUAUAAUAUUAAAAGAUAUUUAAUAUAUAGAACUAUAAUUCGCGUGAAACGGGUACCAAGGGCUGUUUUUUUUUUAAACGAGAGUGAUCUCCCCUAAACUUCUCGAAUAUUACAUGUUUACAAGCUUUAUUUAACUUGCUUCCUCUGUCGUCAGUUUUCGAACACAAGUGACAUCGCGACAGGGGAUGGGGGUGGGGUGGUGGGGGAGUUUUGGCCACGCGUGAGUGAUUUCUUUGGCUGACUGCACGAGGUCAUCAAUGACGUCACAGUUCUGUUGACACACACACACACACACACACACACACACACACACACACACUGAUACACACACACAUCCCCGCCAUAUAUAAAAACACCAACGCACUCG